GACUGCAGCAUCCCGCCCGCCGCAGUGCUGCCGGCCGGGGCGGCGGGAGGGCUCAGCACCGGCACAGCCCCGCAGGAUGGAGGGGUCCCUCGGCGGGGCCCCAGCAAGCAGGAGCCCCCACCCCUAAGCGGGAAGGGCCAAGGAAGGUCUGGAUGCUUCUGGGUCAUCUGAUUCAGGCCAAGUAGGACUUUGCAUUGCCACCAGCCUGCAGAUCCCACCGGAUCCCACCCAGCGCCUGCUGCUGCCCCCCAGGAGGGACGGGGAAUGCUCUUUCAAGCCCCAGAGGACUGAGAGGCUGGCCCCCGUCCCCAGCACUGUCCUCUCCAUGGACCACCUCCCAGCAUGAGCGCCGACGCCGAGCAGCUCCCGGCGGGGGCCCAGGUGCCCAGUGUGCCCCUCUGGACCGUAUCAAGCUGGGCCGCCUCCGAGGUGCCCCCCAACACCAGCACGGCCACAGGGGAGGCUGGCUGGCAGCAGGGGCAGGCGGAGUGGGGCGAGAUUGCGGGCAUGGUGGUGAUCCAGUGCAUCUACGCCUUGGUGUGCCUGCUGGGGCUGCUGGGCAACUCCCUGGUGAUCUUCGUCAUCCUGCGCUACGCCAAGAUGAAGACGGCCACCAACAUCUACCUGCUCAACCUGGCCAUCGCCGACGAACUCUUCAUGCUCAGCAUCCCCUUUGUGGCCACGUCAGCCGCCCUGCACCACUGGCCCUUCGGCCGGGCCCUGUGCCGCACCGUGCUGGGUGUUGACGGGCUCAACAUGUUCACCAGUGUCUUCUGCUUGACCGUCCUCAGCCUGGACCGCUACAUCGCAGUGGUGCACCCGCUGCGGGCAGCCACCUACCGCCGUCCUCGGGUGGCCAAGAUGGUCAACGGGGGCGUGUGGCUCCUCUCCCUCCUGGUGGCUUCGCCCAUCCCCAUCUUCGCCGGCACGGCAACCACCCGCGAUGGCCAAGCGGUGGCCUGCAACCUCCUGUGGCCAAGCCCAGCUUGGUCAGCCGCUUUCGUGGUCUACACCACCUUGUUGGGCUUCUUGCUGCCGGUGUUGGCCAUGGGGCUGUGCUACCUGCUGAUCGUGGGCAAGAUGCGGGCGGUGGCGCAGCGGGUGGGCUGGCAGCAGCGCCGGCGCUCCGAGGGCAAGCUGACACGCCUGGUGCUGAUGGUGGUGGCCAUGUUUGUGGUCUGCUGGAUGCCCUUCUACGUGGUGCAGCUGGUCAACCUCCUGCUGCCCGGCCGCCUGGAUGCCACCGUCAACAACGCCUCCCUCAUCCUCAGCUACUCCAACAGCUGCGCCAACCCCAUCCUCUAUGGUUUCCUCUCCGAAAAUUUCCGGCACUCCUUCCACGGUGUGCUGCGCCGCUGCCUCGACGCCAGCCUCUGCUGCUGCCACGCCGGGGAGGGGGCCACCGAGGAGGAGGAGGAGGAAGACCCUCUUGACUACUGCGCCGCUCCCCGCGGGGACGACAAGGGCAAGGGCUGUAUGUGCCCACCCCUGCCCUGCCAGCAGGAGCCUGUGCACCCCCAGCCCUGCUGCAAGCCGGGACCCCUCCUCGCAAAGACCACCACCUUCUAGGGUGCCCCCCACGCUUCGCCGCCCCCCCGCAACGGGCGUCUCUGCCAAAGGGGGGGGCCCCGGCUGGAGAGGGGACAAACUCAGCGUCGGUCCUCACGUGUGCCAUGCAGUUCGACAAAAUAAAAAGCCAUAAGACUGGCCUGUGAUACAGUUAA